CUAUUAUAGCAACAUAUGCGAUAUUUGAAACAUCUGUAGGCAUAAAACCACGAUGCAAGGAUGCAAUUAUGAAACUGAUUCAAGAUAUGGCUGUGGAAAAGGGCAAUGAUGGCCCAGAUUUAUUGGAAAAAUUAAAUACAUGCCUGAUGGAAAGACUGACGAGGGAUGACGAAAAUGUUAUGAAAUGGCUUAACCCAUUAACGACUGUUCCCGUUAACCAACAAUAUGGCCCAGCAAUAGGAAUAAAAUCGUCUGUUCUGGACACGUUUAUCAAUCUAAAAAGCAAGGAUGUUUCAGCAUUUCUGAAGAGUAUGUCAGAUAAAACAUCAAGCACAUCAAUGAUGUUUGCUGUUCAGGAUGACUGUACUAUAACAGACAUAAAAAAACGAAACGAGGAGAAAUGCAAGAUGGCCAAAGGUUGGAAAAUUCCAAUUGCAGUGAUAAAACCAGAAGCACUGCACAUAAUUAAUGGUAAAUAUGUCAUAUAUGCUAUAAUGCUCUUUAGUGCACAAAUAGUGAAUAAUAGAGUGUUUGGGAUGUCAUUUCAAGGGAAACUUACAAAAUCUUAA